AUGAAUAAACCUCUCCCACCACUAAUCAAUAAUGAAAUAAUUCAUAUUGAUGAUGAGGGGACUAGUAGCAUAGAGCGACAACGUCGAUCCGCUCAUUCAACCACUAAUGAUGAAUUUCCGAAAUUUUCAUCACGUCAGUUACAAGUUGGAGAUCUAUGCAAUCUCAAUGUUUCUGUUUCGAAAACAAAGAAGUCGCGUCACUUAGUUUCUCACCCGUCAUCUCAAGCUCAAACAACACUUUCGAAAAAAGUGCGUGCCUCAAUUACAUCAUUAUCAGCAGGAUCUCAGAGUCUUGUUCACUCUUAUGAACAUGAUGAUGACAACGUUCCAUCAUCUUCAAAACAAAAAAUUACUAGUUUUAACGUACUUUAUUAUGAAAGUUACGAUCCCAAAGGACCAGCGUUUGAAUCGCAACUAUGCAAUCUUAAAUUUUCUUGUACUUUUGGGGACUGCCAGAUGAUAUUAUCAAAUAAUGUGAGCUUCAUGUUUCACUUGUGGGCACAUUUGUCAGAAUUCAAUUAUUCCACCACUGGUUUUUUCAAAGAACGAGAAAUGGAUCAGUUUUGUCGUUGUCCGCAGUGUCUUCAUAUCUUUCCUACUCCAUAUCAAUUGCAAGUUCAUUUUGGCAAUGUGCAUGGUUCAAAUCCAUCUGCAUCGGUAUGCAGAAUCUGUGAAAUUACGGUUGAAGAGCGCGAACACUGGAAAAUUCAUCGUAACGUUGAUGUUCCAUUCCAUUGUAAAAAAUGCCGAUACAGAACGUCCAUAAGAACUCAUUUCAUCGAUCAUUUCGUUCGAUUUCAUUCAAAUACUCGUACUUUAUUGUGCCCUUUUUGUUUAGCCCAUUUUCACAUACGGAAUACGAAAUGGUCUGUGGUACGUGAAAAUACAUAUAUUGAGCACUUUUUCAAACAUCAGCAAGACAAUUAUUGCUGUGAUCAGUGUUCGCUGAAAUUCAUAGAAUAUUCGGAUAAACUAGCACAUAAAAAAGAUCAUAUUAAACCAAGUUCAAAGUGGGUUACAAGAAUUGCUCAACAACAUACAAGACGAAAAGGUCGUUUUGUUCGGGAAAACCUCCCAGAGCGACACUGUAUUGAAUGUAAUGAAUCCUUAGAUGAUGUCUUGGCUCAUUUUAAAUCCAGAUAUAAUUGUCCUCAUUGUCGUUAUGAAACUUAUUGUGAAAAAGCGUACCAUACGCAUAUCUCAAUUGAUUGUAGAGUUAAACGCAAAGGUUUAAACAGCAAUCAGUUAUUGAAGGAAGUAAUUAUUUGCGAUAAUUGUAAGCGCGCCUCCUGCAAUGGAGAUGACAUUUUGAAUCAUAUACGGGAAUGUAGCGGAGGUAGUUGUACUGUUGUCACUUUGAAACAAGAGAAAGAAACUAUUUUCAGCCAGUUAAAUGAUAACUUGGAAGUAAGUUAA